CUCAUUUCUUAGAUCAGUAUCCAAUUCGAUUUUUGGUUUGCUACCAGAUAUACCUGAAGUUGACCUGAAACUUAUAAAUGAAUAUUUCAAUUUCUGAAUUAUCUUUUCACUAAUAUGAAGCCUCAUGACACUCAUGUGUGGUCAGUAAGAUUUAGUUUUAACAUUUUUACUUUUGCUGAUUAAAAGAGUCAAACAGCAUUAUUUGAUAUGAGAUACACAACAAUGCGUAGUCCAACAAUGCAAUUUGAACUGUUAAAUACUUAGCUAGACUGUGAUAAUAAAUUAAUCAACGAAGAAUAAAAUUGUUCAUAAGAAAAAUGUUUCCGUUCUUAACAGACCUAGAUGAUUGGUUAGAUUCGAUAUUCACUUCUAACCCAAAAAUCAGUGACAUAUUUAACAACUGUGAAAGAUUCAGCCAUAUCGAUAAACAUAAACUUGCCAAGGGUUUACUAUUUGCUUUUGCUUUGUAUAUGACUUUUGGUGCCUUUGCUCAAUUAAUCUGCAACGUUGUUGGUUAUGUUUAUCCAGCAAUAGAAUCUUUAGAAGCUUUAGAAACGCCAGGAAAUGAAGACGACCGUAAAUGGUUAACAUAUUGGGUCGUUUUUGCCGCCUUUUCAGUCAUUGAAUUUUAUUCGGAUAAAAUAUUUCACGUGUUUCCAGUCUACUUUUUGGCCAAGCUUAUUUUCCUAGUAUGGGCAUUUUGGCCAUCUCCGAAUAAUGGUUCAAUUCAGAUUUAUAAUAAAUUCAUUCGACCCUUUUAUCUGAAGAAAAGGAGUCCAGUAGCGACCAAUAUUAUGGAUCUAAAAACAACAAGUCUACAAGUUGCAUCAAAAUCAACCCAAAAGGACGAUAAGAAUGCAAUUAUUGGGAAGAAAAGGUCACUUACAUUAUUCAAAAAGAGAAGCAAAGAUUCACAAUUGUCAGUGCAAAGUAAAAGUGAUUUAGAUAAAGUUCAAGUUGAGAACGAGGAUGAUGAAAACGAAGAUCAAGUCUAACUGGAAAUCAGACGCAUCAGAUGAUUUUACACUUGUAAAUAUGGAAAAUUGUUACUAAGGAUAUUAAAAAGAUAAUUUUAUUUUAA